AUGGAAAAUUACACUUUCAUAGAAAAAAUAGGAAAAGGAACACACGGAACAGUGUACUUACUAAAAAGCAUUGAUGAGGGCAGGUUUGUUGUAUGUAAAUCCAUAACUGGAAAGUAUAAGAACCAUGCCUACAGAGAGAUAAGCAUUCUAAGCAAACUUAGCCAUAGAAGAGUUGUAACAAUGAUUGACAGCAUGGUAAUAAAGGAUUCUAUUUAUAUUAUGCUUGAGUAUAUCAAUUAUGGAUCGGUGGAAUCAAUGAUUGAGUUUUUCAUUAAGUGUAAUAUCAGACCAACCAGCUCUCUUGGAUGGAAUCUUCUUUCUCAGAUGUCCGAUGCGUUGUACUAUCUUCAUUCUAAGAAAAUCAUUCACAGGGACAUAAAGCCCUCGAAUAUUCUAAUAAGUAGGUUCUAUGUAAGAGAAAAGGAAUACCUCGAGUUUAAGCUGUGCGACUUUAGUCUCUCUACGAAGUGUGAGGAUUAUAUCGAAGAUGGACAUAUGGUUGGGACACCCUUCUACAUGGCGCCAGAGGUAGUUGAAAGAUCAAAAUACAAUCAUAGCAUUGAUAUAUGGGGACUUGGGUGCUGCUUGCUUGAGUUGAUGAACCUAAAAAAGCCAUUUAAGGGUGAGGACCGAAAAGAACUGUUUAAGAACAUAUUGACACAGAAUCCACAGGACGAAAUAAGCUGGGAGGACUCUACUUUGGAGUUGAUGGUUAGGAAGUGCAUGGAGAAGAACAAUAGAAUCAAUGCAAAGAUAGUAGCAAAGCAUGAAAAGAGUAGACUGCACUUAGCAGUGCUUGAGCUGAGGAUUAAAGAAAGUAGAAUUGAAGAACUAGAAAAGAGAUUGAAGCAUAUUGAAAGGAGAACAGGGCUUAAGACAGAAUAA